AUGGCUUCUAUCGCCGAGCGCACGUUCAUCGCCAUCAAGCCUGACGGGGUCCAGCGCGGACUGGUGGGAGAAAUCAUCAAGCGGUUUGAACAGAAAGGAUUCAAACUGGUGGCCAUGAAAUUAAUACACGCGUCCGAAGAUCUUCUGAGGGAACACUACAUUGACCUAAAAGACCGUCCAUUCUACGAUGGCCUGGUGCAGUAUAUGCACUCCGGACCUGUUGUAGCUAUGGUGUGGGAAGGUCUUAAUGUGGUUAAGACUGGGAGAGUGAUGCUGGGGGAAACUAAUCCAGUCGAUUCAAAGCCUGGCACUAUUCGUGGUGACCUCUGCGUUCAAGUUGGAAGGAACAUCAUUCAUGGAAGUGAUUCCAUAGAAAGCGCUGAGACAGAGAUCAAUUUGUGGUUCACUCCUGAAGAACUGGUUGAUUACAGAAGCUGUGCUCAUGAAUGGAUCUAUGAGUAA